UGCCCCGUAAGCUGUUGAGAUCGAUGAACCCUAAAGCCGAAUCCGAUCUGACGCCCUUAAUUCUUCACGAUAUCAAAUUAUUUCGGGGAAGCGAAGCAGAGUUGUGGUUGAUGUGAGUGAUAAUAUUGCUGUUGCAGGCAGGCAGGCUUUUGAAUGAAUAAUUUGGACGAGGAUCGCUUCCCAAGAUGUUGCGGUGAGAAUUGUGAAAUUUGGGGAUCAGAUCGAUCGAGGAGGUAGGGUUUGCGUUUGGCAUUGACAUUACAAUGUCAAGCUCGUAUGGAGGGGAAUACAUUAAUCAGAAGAUCGAUUACGUGUUUAAGGUGGUAUUGAUUGGGGAUUCGGCGGUGGGGAAAUCGCAAUUGCUUGCUAGGUUUGCCCGAAACGAAUUCAGUUUGGAAUCCAAGGCCACCAUUGGAGUUGAGUUCCAGACCAAAACUCUCCGCAUUGAUCAGAAGAUUGUCAAAGCCCAGAUUUGGGAUACUGCUGGUCAAGAAAGGUAUCGUGCGGUAACAAGUGCUUAUUACAGAGGCGCGGUAGGCGCAAUGUUAGUAUACGACAUGUCCAAGCGCCAAUCCUUCGAUCACAUGGCCCGAUGGCUGGAGGAGCUGAGAGGGCACGCGGAUAAGAACAUCGUGAUAAUGCUGAUAGGCAACAAGUGUGAUUUGGGGACGCUUAGAGCAGUUCCGGUGGAGGAUGCUCAGGAGUUCGCUGAAAGGGAGAAUCUAUACUUUAUGGAGACAUCGGCGCUGGAUGCAACAAAUGUUGAAAGCGCGUUCAUGACGAUUCUUACGGAGAUAUAUCGAAUAGUCGGGAAGAAGACAUUGGGGGGUGGUGGUGGUGGUGGUAGUAACUUGGACAAGUCUACCUCCCUCAAAGGUACUGCCAUUAUUGUUCCUGGUGGUGAAGGAGAUGCCAAUGCCAGAGAUGGUUGUUGUUUAGGGUAGGUAGGUUGAGGUUAAGUUUAAGGUUAGUCAGUUGUCUUUUGCAUUGUUGUUGUUAAGCGUUUUCGAUUGAAAUCGCAUUCACGAUUUUAGUUAUAUUUGGGUUAUUGCUUUUUA